GCAGGUAGCAGGUGGAGGCGCGCGCAGGCCACAGGACACAGAGCUCACCUGCAGACAGGUGAGCGGCAUCAGGCAGGCUGGAGCCGCAGUAUGCUGAGGGAGAGCCCUCACCUGGCAAGAUGUACGUCAGUUACCUGCAGCUGGACAAGGAGCCCACCAUGUACCCGCACCAGAACCCGGUGAGCCGCCACCCGGGGCUCAGCCUCAGCCCGCAGAACUUCCCGGUACCAGGCCCGCCGCAGUACCCGGACUUUCCCGGGUACCACCACCACCACCACCACGGCCUGAGCGCGGAGCCGCAGCAGGCCGGGCCAGGCGCCGGCGGAUGGAGCCCGGCUUACCCGCCGCCGCCGGCCCGGGAGGACUGGACUGCGCACCAGUACGCCGCCGCCGUGGGCGCUCCGACCGCGGGCGCCGGGCCCGCGCUGAGCUUCCAGGAGUUCUCCGGUCAGCCGGCCGCACUGCUGCCCGCCGCCCUCAACCCGUCCACGGGGCAGCUGUCCCCCGGCUCCCCUAGGAGGAGGAACCCGUACGACUGGAUCCGAACCUCUGCGCCUCCCAGCAACCCGAAUGGUAAAACUCGUACCAAGGACAAAUAUCGGGUGGUGUACACCGACCACCAGCGGCUAGAGCUGGAGAAGGAGUUCCACUACAGCAAGUACAUCACCAUCCGGAGGAAGGCGGAGCUGGCCACGGCGCUCAGCCUAUCAGAGAGACAGGUGAAGAUCUGGUUCCAGAACCGCCGAGCGAAGGAGAGGAAGAUCAACAAGAAGAAGCUGCAGCAGCCGGCCUCCUCCACCACCACGCCCACCCCCCCCUCCUGCAGCACCGGAGGGGUCGCGCUCAACAGCAGCAGCAGCGUUGCCAUGGUAACCAGCAGCAGCAGCAGCAACGGGCUAGUGUCUCCAUCGUCUCUGACUCUGAACAUCAAGGAGGAGUACUGAGGGGUUAAACCGCAGAAGGAGUCGUCCUUCCACCAAACUUUCUCUGGCUGUUUGAUCAGGAAUGGCUGGAAGAGCUCUGAUUGCUCCAGAACUCGGCUCCUCUGGUGGUUGGACCAAUCAACUCCAGGCCGGGGAUGCAAAGGUCACGGAGCUUCAGGAAGAUCUGCUCUGGUUUCUGAUUGGCUGACAGGAGGUCACGUGAACCCUGAGCUCCUCCUGGGUUCUGGUGGAGCUGCUGGACCCGACCUGCUCUGUACAGAACCUGAGACCCUCAGCCAACAGCAGAGACUGCUGUCCACUGGAUCUGGACCUGCUGACUCAUCGUUACGUUUUUUGUUUUUUGUUUUUUUACCUUCAGACUGUUCGACAGCUGAUGGUAAAACUAAUGGUCAGAACCCGUCGGUUCUGAUUGGUUCUGGUGGUUUUGGAGACUUCAGUCAGAAUCAUUUUCCCAUUUUUUCUGGAUGUAAAACUCUGGAGUUUUUUUCUUUUCUUUAUUCCACAAGAAAUAUUUUAAAACUGUAUUGAAAUGAAAAACAUAACUUUUUAUUGGACAUCUUACUAAAACGGAAGAAAUUGCUUUUAUAGGUUAUUUUAUUUUCUAAUGUUACUGUAACAGUUAAUCAUUCGGACUCAUCAGAACCAUACAUUUUGAAUUUUAUACAUUUGUAUAAAGAAUUUGUCAGAUUUAUUUAUCAGCAUGUUUACCUGUCAGUCGUCUCAGAAAUACAAUAAUAUCAACAAUAAUAUCAAUAAUAACUUGAUGAAUUGAGGUAAAUAUUUUUGUUUUAAAGUUUUAAUCCUGAGGAUAAUUUCCUGUCCAGAUUAAUAUGAUCAAUAUGAUCAAUAUGAAAAACUUCAAAAAUGGUCUAAACUUUCCAGAUUAAGCGUUUAUUUAUCUAUUUUCUUCUUCAAUCAUUUUAUUUUGGGAAUUUAGACACUAAAACACAAGUAAAUAGCUAGAAGCAGAUUUUAUGUUUAAUUAGAAAAGAAUAAAAACAUAAAAAUAACUUGAAUGUUUAUUUAAUUCUUAAUAAAACAUCUGAAGGAAUGUUGAUGCAAUCUGCAUGAAUAUUAUGACAUCAGACGUCCUGAAAACAAUUUUUAAAAAGCUGUUAUAAAAAAAGAUAAAGUAAAAUAAUCCACAGAUUAAAAAAAAAACUGUUUAGAUAUUAAAACAUGAUCAUAAAAUGAAGAGUCAGGGAACCAGUAACUGGUGACCAGUUGUCCAGCCCAGUCUAUGAAAUCAUUAAUCAUUAAUAAUUCAACUUUCUAUUUCUGGUGGACCAAUCAAAGCCUCUCCUCUCGUUGUUUACGUGGUAACAGCAUCUUGAGAGAUGUUCUGGAGGGAGAAUCUGGACCAGAACUUUAAUUGGUCUGGUUCCAUUGAUCCAGUAAAACCGGGAGGGAAAAAGUUUGCACCUCAAAGUUUCAACAUCCAGAAGCUGAAAUAUUUGGAAUUAGAACUCCAGAUCCUGACCCGACUGGUGGUUCUGAUCAGGUUCAGGUUCUGGUCCAGCUCUGUAGGAACCAAGUUCUCCAGAAGUUCCUGCUGAUGUUUGUUUUUGCUCUGAUUUCCUGUAAAUGUUGGUGAUUUUAGAAUUUAUCAUUUGUACAUUUCAAAUGUCAUUUUUAUUAAAAAUUAAAAGUUUUAUUGUGAA